AUGUUUGUUGCCAAAUGGGAACCAGGCGUCAUCCCAAAGAAACCAGAGCUAUCCUCUGCCCCCAUCUGGCUAGAGCUUCGUAAUGUCCCCCUGCAAUUCUUCAAUGAGGAAGGCCUUGAACAUGUUGCAGUUAUGGUGGGAGAGCCAAAAUGUCUCCACCCAUCGACAGCAAACAAAACAAAUUUAGAAGUGGCAAAGGUUUUCACCGUCAUAUAUCCACGCAAACCGCUGCCGGAGGUGGUGAAUGUUCAAUUUCCCUCAGGGGAAAUCGUGCGUAUAUUGGUCUCAAGUCCCUGGAUGCCGCCGGUUUGUUCCCACUGCAAAGGCAUUGAGCAUACUCUAAAAAGAUGUCCGACUGCUCCUAUCACCUGUUCGCCCUGUAAAUCUACGACUCAUUCUCAGGAGACCUGUCCGAGGUUGAAGGAGCAUAAGGAGCAGAAUGUUAAUCGGAGGAAACAAAAGAAACACCCCCAGACCCUAUUAGACCAGGGUAGAUCUGCCCCCGCGAAGGCUACUAAGAUGGCUUACGUGAGAGUCUCCUCACAGGUCGCACCAGCUAAACCCACCAGCGCUCCAUCUCAAGCUGAAAAAGCUCCGAUUCCGGUGUUGAACCCACCUCUGGAGAUAGGGGAGUCUAGCGGAUUAUCGAUUCAUUGCAAGGCGUCAAAUCCCCCAACCACAGAGGAUCCACUCUCUGAAGCUGAACCAGACUCAUCAGAUACUUUAUCUUCAGAGAGAGGCGAUGAAACGGGAGAUGAAUUUGUGGACGAUUUUCAAGUUGCUCUCUCCAAGAGGCAACACAAGGUUCAGCGAGAUUUGGGAAAAAUAUGGGUCUUGUGGGAUCCUAGUGUCCAAGUUGUGGUGGUUUCAAAGUCCCUACAGAUGGUAACCUGUGAAGUUCUGCUGCCAGAGGCUAAAGACAUGAUCAUUGUUUCAAUCAUCUAUGCCUCAAAUGAGGAAACUCAGAGAAAGGAGCUGUGGGCUGAACUGGUAUCUCUUGCCAACUCCCCGAUGGUGGAAAACAAACCGUGGAUUGCUUUAGGAGAUUUCAAUCAAGUCCUUAACCCUGAUGAGCACUCUAACCCUCCUACAUUGAAUGUGGACAAGCGCACUAGAGACCUGAGAGAUUCCUUGGUUGAGGCUGACUUAUAG